AUGACGCUGACCCUCUACGCAGCAGACGGGUACGGAGUCCGUAUCAACAAUCUGGAGACAUGGGGAGGCUUGAUGGGUCCGGACCACGAUUACUUCGAGCGAGGCAACCUGGACAUUUUCAGCGGCAAAGGUCCGUGUCUUUCGGGACCAGCUUGUUUGAUGAACAUAACUUCAGAUGGAAGUGGAUCAGGUCACGGUUGGUACUGUAACUAUGUUGAGGUGACCAAUGGCGGAGCCAGAAAUUAUACUUUACCUGGGCUACUUUCUGAAGCCUUGGCUGUGGCUCCGCCCCUGGAGGUGACUACUACUGGUGCACAUAUUCCUUGUGCUCAACAAUUGUUCACCGUGGAGCAGUGGAUUGCUCUUGAUAGAUCACCCUAUCAACUUACGGCGAUUCGAGAUUUAUGCGAUGUUGGUCGUGAAAUGUUGAAGGGUUUGGGGACUUAUGUUGGUGAGACUGCAGAUGUAUGA